CAUUCAUCAACCUUACCUCAAUCCAUGAAUCAUUUUUUUCAUGAUUAGAGUGGUUUUGGAAAUCUGAAGUUAGGGCCAUGUCUUUCAGAAAAAGAAAUGCCGUGAUUAGCAGUGCAAACUCAUCUCAGUCUGCAUCACCGAAAACGGAAAAUGUGCCCAUUCCCGGCGUGAGACCGUCUCCCCUCGACGGUCGGCCAACUACCUCUACUGGAACCGCAUCUUUAGACAGUCUACUUGCUGGCCAUGCCGGCCUGCCGCUAGGAACUUCGCUCCUCAUCGGAGAACAUGGCACCACCGAUUUUGCCGGGGUACUUCUUCGUUAUUAUGCCGCCGAGGGGAUGGUCCAGGGGCACCAAAUUCACGUUCUUGGUAUGCAUGACAGCUGGCGCCACGAGCUCCCCGGUCUUUCUACCGACGAUAAAAAGUCAUCUAGCAGGUCAGAAUCUCCAUCUGACGAUAAGAUGAAGAUCGCCUGGAGAUAUGAGAGUUUAGCCUCUGGCGGAGCUCCAAGAGAUAGAAAUGCAGUUCAACGACAAAGUAGUUCUGGAACUGGGACAAAUUCUAUCUUUUACCAUUCCUUCGACCUUACCAAAAAACUUGGUCCUACGGAUGCCAAAGGCCAGAUUGGCUUUCACCCCUCCAUGACCGCCCCCGGACUAUCUCGCCCAAAAGACGCAUUAUCACCUUUUAAGCAGUUUAUUAAGGAUAUCGCUUACAAGUUGGCAAACUCGCCGCCGUCGUGGAUUCAUCGGAUCAUAGUACCUAGUCUCCUAUAUCCCACAAGCUAUUCUAGCUCCUCUAUUCGACCCGAAGAAGUUUUGCAAUUUCUACACGCGCUAAGAGGAUUAUUGAGGCAGUACUCGACGAAACUUACGGCUAUCAUAAGUUUGCCUCUUUCGCUGUACCCCCGAACUACGGGACUUGAACGUUGGAUGGAGUUACUAAGCGACGGCGUUUUGGAGUUAAUCCCACUUCAAAAUACCGCUGUUCAUGUUCCUCCCCCAACUUCGAAGUCGGAUUCUAAAUCCGAUGAGCAAACACAAGGUCUUGUAAAAGUUCAUAGUUUGCCAAUCUUCCACGAGAGAGGUGGCGGCUCCUCAGACGCUGCUCACGGGGAUCUAUCAUUUAGCCUAAGCCGAUCAAAGGGCUUGGUGAUCAAACCAUUCUACCUACCUCCUGUUGGCGAAGAUGAACAAGAGCAGAAAAAAUCAGAAUCUAAUAAAAGCAUGGAAUUUUGAGGAUUUAUAUUGCCUACCUAGUUGCCCAAAUACCUACUAUUUAGAGUACGGUGCGAACAACUAGCACAUCACGGGAUAUUAACACUGUAUAAUUGACCCCACAUC